AUGUCAUCAGCUUACAACUUCACCUUUGACGGAACAGUUGAUCUCAACACUUACCAUACAGAGUGGCAAGCCAAGUUGAAGCAGCUUGAAGAGGAACUGGAGCUUCUCAAGAAGUUUGAAGGUGUACCCACUGCUGGAGACUGGGGUUCACGCUUUGACUCUGUCAUCAGCCAAGGAACUGAAGGAGCAAACACAGGAGGACUUUUCAAGAAUGUCCAUCCCAACAAGGAGUUCCGUGAUGAAGGUGCUGCAGCUGAUGAUGCAUUUGAGAACUUCCACUCCUCUGUCGAGAAGGAUCCUAUUCUUGCUUCCCUUGUCCAACGCAUGACUUUUGUCAACCCUGCCAUCGACCCACAUGAGCAGCGGUUUGUGCAAAGAUGGCAGACUAUCUACAAGGAGUCUGGGGCUACUUUGGCAGAGGACAAGCGGGCUCAGCUGUUAAGUCUGGACAAGCACUUGACAGAGCUCCGCACCCAAUACUCUCAAAACAUCAACAAUGGGCAAAGAGAUUGGCUGGUCUCUGUUGAUGACCUUGAGGGUAUGCCAGAGGACUUCAUGAAGUCCCAUCCAGCCAAUGAGGAAGGCCAUGUCAAAUUGACCACCCGAUAUGCCGAUGUCUUCCCGGUGCUGAUGUACUGCAAGAGCGAUGAAACAAGACGCAAGACACAGUAUGAGUACCGUGCAAGGUGUCCAGAGAACAUCAAGAUCUUGCAGGAGAUCAUUGAAGGAUCACAGGCUUAUGCACAAAUCCUGGGUUACCCCAACUAUGCAGCACUCUCUCUUGAGGGCCGCCUUGCACUGAAGGGCCUUGACAAGGUCAACAAAUUCAUUGACAAUAUUGUGGCCAUCUCCAAAGAUCGAGCUGAUCAAGAGAAACAAGCACGUGCUCAGGUCUAUGGAACCAAAGAUCUCAUGACAUGGCAAGCAAGCUUUGCCAAAGAGAUCCUCUCACGCCGCCUCUUCUCUGGAUUUGACAGCGGCCAGCUCAGACCAUACCUGCGGGUUGGAAACGUCCUGCCUCAGAUCGCCUUGCUGAUUCAGGAGCUCUUUGGAGUACGGUUCCAACACCAACCAGAUGUGAAGUCUUGGACAGAGACUGGAGUUGAAUGUUAUGAUGUGUAUGAUGAUGAUGAUGGAAGAUUGAUGGGAAGACUCUACACAGAUCUUCACCCACGGGACAACAAGUACAGCCAUGCAUGUGUUUCUACCAUAAGGAAGGCAUACAACAGAAGCAACCUGCCUGAAGUUGUUUUGUUGGCCAAUGUUCCGCAGGGAGAUGAUGCCUUACUGACCUAUGGAGAGGUCUCCACCCUCUAUCAUGAGUAUGGUCAUGUGAUUCAUGGGCUAUGUGCUACACAGAGUGUGUAUGGGAACCUCAACAACCUGACCGUGGAAACAGACUUUGUUGAAGCACCAUCUCAAUUCCUUGAACGGCACAUGCUGGAACCUGAAGUUCUCAAGCGUCUGGCAAUCAACAAGGACGGUCAAGUCAUACCUGAUGACCUGAUCAAGAAGCUUCAAGAUUCUCAACAACUUGGAGACGGCAUGCAGACAAUGACACAGAUGACUUUUGCUCGAGCCGCUGUGAUGUUCUUCAGCAAGGCUAUGGUUGAUGGGAAGUAUCCUGGCUCACUUCUUGAAGAUUGGAAGGAUCUUUUGGAAGAACAUGACAUUUUUGGUUACACUGAAGGAGACUGUUUUCCGGCCACGUUUGGUCACCUUGCCUCGACUGGGUAUGGUCCCAAGUACUAUGGCUACAUGCAUGCCCAAGCCAUCUGUGAUGAGUUUUUUGAAGCCUUCAGAGCUGCUCCUGGCGGCUUGUUGGACAAGGAGAUGAGCCGUCGAUACAGGCGUACCAUUCUUGAACCUGGCAGUACCAAAGAUGCCACAGAGAUGGUCACAGAGUUCCUUGGACGGCCCUUCACACUUGAUGCAUUCAAAGCUCGAAUCUCCAGGAAGUUGGAUCUCAGCGCGCUUUGA